AUGGACAUCGGCGGCCUGGAGACGGUGGUGGCCAACUCGGCCUACGUCUCGGCCCGGGGCAGCACGGACGCCGGCGCCGCCUCCGCCUCGCGGGACCGGAAGAUGCGGGCCAGGCUCAAGCUGCCCCACAUCACCCAGUGCGAGCACCUGCGGGGCCAGCCAGACCUGGACUUCCCCAGCGUCUGCCUCCGGCAGCCCAUUGGGAAACGGCUCUUCCAGCAGUUCCUGGAGGAGCAGGAGACCUUCGCGGCGGCCGGUGGCCUCUGGAAGAGUGUGGAGGCUUAUGCCGCGGCCGAGGAGAGCGACCGGCCCCGGGCGGCCCAGGAGACCCUCAACCACUUCUUCGACUCAGCCUCCAAGACCUUCUGCGCCUUCCUGGAGGAGAAGGCCGUGGCGAGGGUCAAGGAGGACGCCCGGCACGGGCGUGCGGACCUCUUCCAGGAGGCCAAGGGGCAGCUCCUCCAGCACCUGGAGACGCGGGCCUGGGCCGGGUUCAAGGAGAGCUUGUUCUUCUCCCGCUUUCUCCAGUUCAAGUGGCUGGAGGGGCAGAGCGUGACCGAGGAGUGGUUCCUGGACUUCCGCGUGCUGGGCAAGGGGGGGUUCGGGGAGGUCUGCGCCUGCCAGAUGAGGGCCACCGGCAAGAUGUACGCCAACAAGAGGCUCAACAAGAAGCGGCUCAAGAAACGCAAUGGAUACGAGGGGGCCAUCGUGGAGAAGCGGAUCCUGGCCAAGGUGCACAGCCGGUUCAUCGUCACGCUGGCCUACGCCUUCCAGACCAAGCUGGACCUGUGUCUGGUCAUGACCCUCAUGAAUGGGGGUGACCUCAGGACCCUCUACGAGAUGAUCGAAGCCAAGGGUCCCUUUCGCUGCCGGGGGGAGAAGGUGGAGAACAAGGAGGUGACCCGGCGCAUCCUGCACGACCCGGUGAAAUACUCGGAGAAAUUCAGCGCUGCCUGCCGGGCCGCCUGCGAGGGACUCAUGGCCAAGGCCCCCGCCGGCCGCCUGGGCUUCCGGGACAACCAGUGCGCCCAGCUCAAGGGCCAUCCCCUCUUCCAGAAGGUGAACUGGGGCCGGCUGGAGGCAGCACAGCCCAACUACAAACCACUGCAUGCACAGCCACGCCAGGGACAACACCCAAGACGCCGGUUCCCCCGAAACCACGUCCCCAGGGACCUCGACCCCAACGCGUCCGCCGACAGCAUCAGCAGCAAAUCGGGGACGUGCUUCCUGCUGUGA